AGCUGAUUUUGACGUUCAAUUUUCAGUGGCGUUUGGCGGCAUUUUGCAAUUGUUUUAUUUUCUUGCAUUAAAAGUAUUUUUAAACAAUUAUGGCACCGGCUUUUGAACCACGAACAUUUGUAAAUGGCGGCAUGCUGCGCAAAUUCAAUGGCCAAUACGUGAGCAUAAUUUUGCGCAUCGAAGAAGAAGCUGGUACAAACCUCAUUGCAAUGUCCACGGACAAACAAAAGAUACGCGUAAAACUGCAAGAUCCAACUGGUGGACGUGUCGGCAGCUGGAUAGAAGUCAUCGGAAAACCAAUUGGCGGUGAUGCCAUCGAUGGAAAAGAGGCCAUUUUAUUUGCUGAAGAUGAGCCCGGCCUCGAUGAAGACGCCUACAAUAUGAUGGUGGAAUUCCUAAAUAACUGCAAGGAUAUCUAUAGAAGCGGUUAACUUGUUCAAAUGCUAAGUUUUCUUAUAAAGUAAGAUAGUUUAAGGCUGAAAGAUGAAUUUCGAUGCAAACAUUAUUUAAUCGGAAAAAUGCGGCACGUAAUUGCGGUUUACAAAAAAAUAAAUGUUUAAGAAUAUUACACGUA